GCAGGUAAAGAGGGAAGGCAGGAGCAGGGUAACAGGUGCCUUGAGAGGCUGGUGAGGUGGAUGAGGGUUGGACCAAAGUAUUUCACAUCGGUUACUGAAGUACCAGUGUAUGGAAAAAGAGAUUUAAGACUGAAAAAAAAUCCCCUUGAAGGGCCUGUUAGCUUUUCUGCAAUCCCCUGAUCAAGCUUCUUGUGCAGUGGUUUGUUACUAUGGCUGCUUAGCACGUCACCCAGCUCGGAGGUAACUAACGCUUCGUUGUUGGUGUCGCUCCAUUAUAAGACACUUCGCCACCGUCCCAUGCACAGCCUGUCUUCUCCUUCUUCCCCUUUUGCCACCCCACAGGGAAUAUUCUCGUGGGUGUAAUUAAUGACACCGACAUUAUGUAAAUUCACAUAGCAAUAUUUAGACUUUGCACAGAAAAGGUAAUUGUCUUGUAAAUCAAAUAAGGGAUUUGCUGUUAGAUGUUUGGCUUUCCAGAAUCUGUUGUAUUUUCUGUAGUCACUUGGAGAAGGCCCCUAACUAUAUUUCUUCACUUCAGGUGCAGUUUCCCAAUGAAUGACAAAAGAGCCAGUGGUGGUUUUGUGUUCUUCUAGGUCAUCCCAUGAUGUAAUUCAAUGUUACUUGGAAUAGCACACAGUAUCAGAUUAGGAGUUUAGAAAACACUGAAAAUGUUUUUUUGACUAAAUUAUGUCUUGGACUGAAUUACAUAUUUGAUGUACAUUAGGUUUUUUUAACACUGGGAAUAAGUAGAUAUACUUCUAUAACCGUAAGUGUAAUCUAGCCUGAUAGAUUAUGACCACUUGUAGUCAUGUGUUAGCGGCUAAUUUUCUGCAAUAUCGAAAUUAUUGUCAUUAUAGUUUUUCAAUAGUUAAUCUAAUCUAAUUUUACAGAAUAGUUUUAUUUUCUAAUUAUUCCUUUAUACUUAAUACCCUGUUCUCUGAUGCUUACUUUCCUUUCUCCCCUCCCCCUGUCUGAUCUUCUAGGGUCCAAAAAAGAAGAAAAAGGUAGGUAGACACUAGUUCACAUACAGCGUUUUGACCCUUGCAAUAUUCAUUUCAGUGUUAUGUCAGCACAGUUCUGUUAUUUUCGAAAUUAUGUGAGUAAAAUUACAAAGCGCUUCAUGCUGAAAUUAAAGGAAGCAUCAGUUACUUCUGGCCUUAAUGUCUACAAAAUAUAUUUUGACAUUUUUAAGAGGAUCUGUCAUAAUAAAGGUGGUGUGAGACCUUAAUUGUAAGCAAAUGUGAUUUUUAAAAGGAAAAAAGAUUUGUUGUUGUUUUUUUAAAAAUUUUUUAAUCUGUAUUUCUGAGACAGUUGGUCAGGCUUCAUGAAAUUUGAAAGAGGAACAGGUGUCUCCAGGACACUUAAGUUUAUGAGCCUUUUGCAAGGAGGCUGAGUCAUGUUCCUGCAGAACUACUAGAGAGAAGGUGACGAGCGCAGCCAAUGUGUGUUUUGCUUGGCAGCAGAUGUCGGGGCAUAAAGCCAGUGUCCUGGCUUCGAGCCACAGGCUAGACACAGACCACGUGACGGGCAGGGGGGACAACAGACAGAAGUUUGCGGGAAACUGGAUUGCAUAAAUUCAUCCCGUGGAUUAUUCUUAAUUCAGUGAUAAUUAAAUUAUCUACCCCUUCCCCCAAAAGAACACAUUCAAAUGCAUUACUUGGGGAGCUGUGCAUCUCAAUUUUGUCAGUACUAUGUUGUCAUAAGAAUGUGAAAAGAAGUUGACUAAAAAGUGAUUAUAAGUAAUUGAAACAAGCAAAUUUUCUAUUUUCAUUGGAAGAAAAGUAAUCGAAGAUUUAUAUAGAUAUUUUUUUUAACUGAAAGGAACUGAUUCUUCUCUGAAAUCUUAAAGGGUAGAACUAUGGCUUUUACUGACUAUUAUAGGAGUCAGUAAGUAAAUGCUUUGGUAGCAAAUGUGAGAUGAGAUGCAUGCUAACUCUGGUGCUUUUUAACUCUAAAUUUUCACCUUUGUUUUUGUUCAAGCUCCUGCUAACCUUUGUACACAAAGUUAUAUUUAUGUAUAUAUUUAUUGCUGUGUAAAGUGAAUAGCUUUCCAAGUAAUUAUUUAUAUCUGAAAAUACACUUGUCAGAAUCAAAAUGUGAAAUAACAGUAUUUGUAACACGCUUUUUCUGUGAUGAAUGACAGAAGUUCUCCUUGAUUAUUUCUAAGUUCCCUAUCAACUGAAUUACUUGUAAUAAUAUUUACCAAAUUAUUAGGAAUACUCAGGUGGGAAGAUGUCGUAAUACCAUCGUGUUCAUUUGCAACUGUCUGGACUUAAGUCCUCUUUUUUUGUCUCUCCCUGUCAGCUGUGUUUGACCUCUUUCUCUAUUGCCUAUGGGCACUGUGCUACCGUACUGUGCUGGUUUGGUACCAUUCUGUACUCAUUUCUCUAUGGAAGAGGAGGAUUGGAUUCCUGACAGAUGCUUUUGAUCCUUAGGGCUUAUUGAUAUUGUGAUACCAUCCAAUUAUAUUCUCUUACUGACACUGUGGAUGGAACUCAUACUGUUUUAGUAAUUUUAUCUUACCUGGUUGAAUCGUUGUCUCUCACCAGUGAUGGCAUGGAGACUUGGGAUUCGGCUCUCUGAUGUGCAACAUCCAGUCCAGUGGCAAAAAGAAAGUUAGCAAAGCUGAACGACUGAGAUUACAGAAAGAAGAAGAAGAAAGGAGGCUGAGAGACGAAGAGGAAGCCCAAUUUCGAGCUCAACAAGAAGAAGCAGCAAGACUUGAAAAGGAGAGAAUUGAAAAAGAACAGAUGGAAAAGCUUGAGGCAAAAAAUCAAAAACGAAGUGAGUCUGAACUAGCAGAACUUCAUUCACUGGAACAGAAGUUUUUCUCUGCACAGCAGUGGAAAACGGAUUAUAGAGCAUAUGCAAAGUGGGAGCAUUACCUCAGUUGUGAUGGAAGUCCUGACCCAACUGUACUGCAGGAAAUAAAUACUUUCAUGAGCUUAUGGCGUGAAGAUCAAAAUGAGGACAUUCAACUUGUGAUGGAGAAGGGGGAACAGGUGCUAAAUUUAAUUGAGAAGUUGCAGUUUCUUUUAUUGGACACACCAUCAAAUGAGAUAACAGAAAAAGAAACAGCUCAGUACCAGGAAUCUAUUCUGAAAUUGCAGAAUCUGCUUCAUCAGAAGUACAAUGGAGCUACAGAGCACCUGCUUAAAACAGCUAAUAUGUAUGAAGAUUCUGAAACUGGAAAUAUGCAGGCAGUCAUAAAGGAUAAGAAUGUUACUUUCUGUAUAUGGGCCAAUCUGAAGAAGAAAGUAAGGUGCAAAAAUCACAUCUUUUGUGGUGCACAGCAUGGAUUUGAUCUUCCAGAGUCACUGGCUGUGAGCAAUGUUGCUGUUCGCAUAUUGCAUACUCAGUAUGAUCACGUAUCUCCACUUUGGCUGCAGUGUCAGAGUGUGCCAAAAUUGGAAGUCUUAGAUAGCAGAAAGUUAACUCAGCAUUCAAAAGACAAUGUAGAAGGAUCAGAAGAAGAGGAAAAGCAAGCCAGGGAAGAGCCCAACAUGUCCACUGAAGAAGAAACGUGUACCGAUGGGAGAAAGAGUGCUAUCUCAUUCAAAGAAAACAGCAGUAGCAUAGCUGAUAUAAAUGAGACAAAGGAGGAAAUGGAGAAGAAAUCAGAAAUCUCAGACGUAUCAUCACAAGUUCAGGAUCCACUGAUGCAGGAAGAGGCAAAUGAAAAAGAAGAGGUGGUAACUGAUGAAAACAUCAUUGAUUUGCAACAGUUUGUGCUGGUGGGUGGUGUGUACCAUAUCGAUGCACUGCAGCUUCCACCUCAGGUCAAACAAAUCAAGGACUGGAGUAUGGUGGAGGUACUUGAUGUUGGAUUGGAACUAUACCCAUAUCCCUCAGAAGACACUGAAGAUGCCACACAUCCACCAAUACAGAUAAUCCUUAGACUUCCUGACAAUGUGAUGUAUUUUGAAGAUCCUGUGAUAGGCCGAUGGGAUUCUACAGGCCAACAGUGGAGAACUGAUGGCAUCAGCAACAUAACUUAUAAAACACAAGAAAAGAUCGCCACCUUUGAGAUGCAUGCCUUUUAUACAAUAGCACUUUUCCAGGGUGCUCAUCUCAACAUGCCAUAUCAAGCAUGGGAAUUGCAACCUACUGGUAUAGAUGAAGCACUACUUGCAGUUAUUACAGCCUUUGCAACGAUUCAAAUACAAAUUAAGGGUAAUCAGUGUAUGUUGUCUUCAGUAGUGGUGGAAGAGAAGGAUGUGCUUUCCCACCUCACAGGAAAAUGGACAAGUCCACUUGACCUAAGAGCAGUUUUGAAAAAAGCUGGUGUGAACAUUUUCCCAGAAGAGUUUUCUCACAAGUAUGUCCCUGUGAACAAGAAGGCUGCCCUAGCAGAAGCUGGAGCCUAUCGGCAGAUGGCACUGGUUGCACCUGCUUUUGCCUUUGCCUGGAGCAAGUGGAAUCUAGAAGCUGGUGAAGAGCAAGUAGUGUUCAAGGUAAGUGAGCAUCUUAAAGCAGAUUCUGUCAAAGACUGGUCUCUUUAUAUGUUUAAUGGUCAGAAAGCACAAAAGCUCAAGAUCACUGAAACCAGUGAAGCUUUUUCAGAGGAGUUAGAAGCAGAUUCUGAAUUUCACUCCACACUCUACCAUAUGCUUAAGGACUUUGCCAGCGAAGCAGCAAUUGAUAGAGUGGAAAGAGCUAGCUUUCUGUUUAUUGAUGUUGUAUAUCAGCUACUCCUUGCUACAAGAGUUUUAACAUACUCUUAAGUACUGUAUGCUUUCCUUUAAGACUUUAUUAUCAAAAGCUUUCAAUAAAGUUACAUUUAAAGUCUUGAA